UAUCCCAUUGAAUUUAUCGUAUUGGCUACACUGUCAUUGUGAUUAAGAUUUUUAUAAAAGUAUUAUUGUUGACAUUUUGUGAUUGCGGCUUCCCGCUGCCGCUAAUAUUGCAGAAGGUACGCCAUGACUGCAGCUCAUGAGUGCUUGAAGUUUCAACGUCCUUAAUAUUCAAUCGACUUGUGACUUGUUUACCGUGGUCGUGGUGCCUGGAGUUUUUGACUUGUGCAUUUGUAAGUUUAUUGGAAGUCUGAAGUUGAUUGGUGAUUAGUUCCUAAUCCAUCAAAAUGGAUACCAUUUAUCCAAAUGACGAUGAGAUCAAAUUUCGAAAAAAUAAUUAUGGAGGUGUUGAAGAAAUUUUGAACUGUGAAGUUAAAUGUACAAUUUGUAACAAUGAUUUAUUACACGAAAUUAUUUCAAAGAAAAUGAUAAUGGUUCAUCAAAGUCAUCUAUUUCUAUGUUGCUACAACUGUUUCUACAAACUGUGUGAAGGCAACAUGUAUAGUUGUAUCUUGUGCAAAUCCAACAAAGAUCUAUCUAAUUGUAUAAAAUGCAAUUUCAAUGUUUGUAAUCGGUGUGUAGAAAAUCAUGAAAUUGAUAUUGUUUCUAUUGGUGUUUUAAAUCAAUGCUUCAAUUGUGCACCAAAAAUGUUGUGGAAGAAAAGAGCUCUAGCUGCUAAUGUAUUGAAAGUAUUUUGUUCUCAACUAUGUCUGCCUAAUGGUUUAUUAGUGAAUGAAACAGAUCACGAACAAGCUGUUCGAAAAUACUUAUUAAAAGAAGCUAAAAUUGGACAAAAUUCUAAAAUAGAUCAAAUUAAAAACAAUUUAUGCAUUGAUUUUAUUUUAAAAUCAUAUAAGUUAUCUUUAAUGAAUGAACUGUCAACAUUUUCUUCUAACAAUCUAAGUCCAAUUAAUGAUCAUUUCAAUGAGUUUAUCAGUAUUUGUGAGCAUGUUUUAGAGAAAACAUGUUCUACUUUAACCAAUUUCAAGAGAAUAUUUAAUAUUAAUUCAUAUUUGAGUCCUGGAGUUUCUGCUAUAAUGAAAUCUCUAUUAAAGCCUGUCGAUGAAGAUGAAAAUGUUUCAGUUAAUAAUUCAAUAUUAAAUAGAAAUUUAAGCAAUAAAACUAAAAGCAAUACAGCUGAUCUUUUAAUAAAAACACCAAACAGAUCUACUAAAAGAAGUUUAAGAUCAGAAAAGAAACCAAAAAUUAAAACUAAUGAUUCAAGCACAAACAAUUCUUCUUCAACUGUCCAAGAAACAUCUUUAUCUCUAAAUGCUCAUUCCACACCUAUGUGCAUAGAUAGAAAAUUAACUGUUGUUUUAGAACGGUUAGAUGAUUCUUUUGUAUCAAAUAUAAUUAAAAAUAAGCCAUCUAAUAAAAUUCAUCUUGAUUUGGAAAAAAAGGAGAUAGCUCAUCCUUUAAAUUUAUUUGAUGAUAAUAGUGAUAGUGGUGAUAAAGAAGAGUACACAAGAAAAUUGAGAAAUCGUACAUUAUUAAAAACUAAUAAGAUAAAAAACCAGGUUAAAAGCUCAACUAAAAAUCAAAAUAUACUUAAUGAAAAAUCUGACGAUGAAAAAGAAAAUGAUAGGCUGAUUAAUUUAAAUGCCAUUGAAAAAUUUUCUACAAAAGUUGAUAUAGACGAUGAAGAUAAUUCUGAUGAUACUAUUAUAAUACCGACAAAAAAUACUAAGUUAAAAGUAUCUCCAAAAAGAUCAAAAAAUGAAAUUAAUAAGUUGGAAACCAUUAAUCAAUUUCUUUCAACACUUGACGAGACCGAUUCUGGUACUGAUAACGAUUAUCAUAAUGAUGAAAAUUCUUUUGAAUCAGUGAAAAGUAUUUUUAAUGAAAUCGAAAGUUCUGUAGGAAUUCCUCAGAUUAACAUAGAAAACAACAGUGGCAAUGACAGUGAUGACAGCUCAAUUGAUGAUGUGAUAAAUUCAUGCUUAACUGCUUGUAAAGGACGUAAUAUUGAACAUUAUCAUAAAAAGACUCAAGAAUCUCAAACAAACAUUAAUGAUAUGGAUACUAUGUCUGAAUCCGAAUUAGACAAUGAAGACAUUGAAAUGUCAGAAUCAUCAGAUGUACAUAAUAAUACAACUAUUGUCACUCGUUCAAAACAACAAUCAUCAUUUAAAAUGCUAUCAAUAAGUGAUGAUGAUAGUGAUAUUGAUUUUAAAAUCAAAAAUAAAACAAAAGCAACAAAAAGAAAGCUGUUAACAUCCAACUCGUCUGAAAACAACUCAGAUUCUUCAUCAAAAUUUUUUAAAAAAACACCAAAAAGUAAAUCUAAAAAUGAUGUUAGUAAAGCUAGAUUAUUUGACUUAACUAGUAACAGUGAUAGUAGCAAUUAUAGUAGCAGCAGUUCAGAAGAGGAUUCAUCUCCUAUACAUGUUAGAAAACGAAGAAGAAUUGUAAAUCUAUCUAAUGAUGAAUCUGAAGAAGUAAAUGAUUCUGAUAACAGUAAUGUAUCAAAAAAUCAAAGUUUAUCAAAGAAAGGGCGAAAGAAUAUUCGUAAAUUGAAAAAAAAAGAAGAUCUCAGCGAAUUAACACAAAGUGCUUUAAAAGAAGAAGAAUUACGUAGAAAGCGUAUUGAAAAACGUCAAAAAGAAUACAAUAAAUUAUGUAAUUUGCCGAGACCAACGGAAUCAUGUAAAAAGUUGGUAUUAGAUUUUGAUGAAAAUACAAUGGAAGAACUUGUUACAGUUCAUCCAGAUCUCGUUAAAUUUCUCAAACCUCAUCAGGUAAAAGGAGUGACAUUUUUAUGGAAUUCUGUAUUUGAAUCAUUGAGAAGAAUAAAAGAACAUAAAGGAAAUGGAUCUAUCUUAGCUCAUUGUAUGGGUCUAGGUAAAACUCUACAAAUUAUUACUUUAAUUCAUACAUUAUUUAGAUAUCCAGAGACUGGUAUUAAAACUAUUUUAAUAAUUACCCCUAAUGCAACAAUUGAGAAUUGGUGUAAGGAAUUUUAUAAAUGGUUACAUGAUAUUGAUGGAGAACCUUUUUUAGUACUUAAUUUUACUGAAUCAAAAACAUAUGAAGGUCGUAAAAAAAUUAUAGAUGAAUGGAAAAGAGAACAUGGUGUAUUAGUUACAAGUUAUCAGUUAUUUAGAUCAGUAGUUAAUUUCAAGAAUAUUGAUAAGUUCCCUACUAUCUCUGAAGGUCUUGUUGAUCCAGGACCAGAUUUGGUCAUAUGCGAUGAGGGACAUGUAUUAAAAAACCAUAGCACUGCAAUAUCAAAAGCAGUUAAUCGUAUUAAAUCACUUAGAAGAAUUGUGUUGACUGGAACUCCAUUACAAAAUAAUUUAAGAGAAUAUCAUUGUAUGGUUGAUUUUAUCCGACCAAAUUUAUUAGGAUCAAUAAAAGAGUUUACUAAUCGUUUUAUAAAUCCAAUCACUAAUGGACAAUACUCUGAUUCAACUGCAACCGAUGUAAGAUUAAUGAAGAGAAGAUCUCAUGUUUUACAUAGAAUGCUCGAAGGAUUUGUACAGAGAUUUGAUUAUAGUGUUCUUACACCCUUCUUGCCACCUAAGCAUGAAUAUGUAAUUUAUUUGAAGAUGGCUGAUAUACAAAUAGAAUUAUACCAGAAAUAUUUAUCUGAUUAUAGACAACCAGAAUUAUUUAGUAAUUACCAUAUGCUUCAAAUGGUUUGGACCCAUCCUAAAUUAUUAGCAUUAUAUUUAAAAAGAAUUGAAUCAAAACAAGAAAAACUUAAAUUAAAGAGCAUAGAAUCAGGAUUGUUAAAUGAUGAAAGUAGUGAUGUUGAAGGUAAUUCAAAUUCUGUUGAAGAAGUUGAAGUUCCCGGUUAUGAUUUGCCAAGCACUAAGAACUCAGAUAAUGCAUAUCUCAACUGGUGGAAACCAUUACUAUCAAAACCUCAAUUAGAAUCAGUUUACCCGUAUUCAAAGUUCAUAAUGAUGUUUUCAAUACUUCAAGAGUGUGAAAACAUAGGUGAUAAAGUGUUAUUAUUUAGUCAGUCUUUAUUUACUCUUGAUCUCAUUCAAGAUUUAUUAGAAAAUGCUGAAGAUAUAGAUGAUGAAGGGAGUCCUUAUGGUAAAUCUUGGAAUCAUGGAAUAGAUUUUUAUAGAAUUGAUGGUUCUACAAGUUUAAAAGCGAGAGAAGAUUGUUGUGGAAGAUUUAAUGAUGUCGAUAAUCAUAAAAUGCGUCUUUUAUUAUUGUCGACAAAAGCUUUUAAUUUAGGUAUUAAUCUAGUUGGAGCUAAUCGAGUUAUUAUUUUUGAUGUGACUUGGAAUCCGUCUCUCAAUGUUCAAAGUAUAUUUCGUGUAUUUAGAUUUGGACAGAAUAAACCAUGUUAUAUCUAUAGAUUAAUUUCUGAGGGAACAAUGGAGCAAAAAAUUUAUGAACGUCAAAUAUCAAAGUUAUCCACGGCUUUCCGUGUAGUUGACGAACAUCAAAUCGAUCGUCAUUUUAAUUUAAAAUGCCAAGAAGAACUUUAUGAAUUUGAUCCAAAUACUACCAAACCCAAAACAACAUUAAACUUACCUAAGGAUCGUUUAAUGGCUGAGUUAAUAUUGAAACAUAAAGACCUUGUAAUGGACAUACUAGAACAUGACUCAUUAUUACAAAAUAAUGAGGCAGAAGAAUUAGACGAAAAUGACAGAAAUGCAGCAUGGGAAGAUUAUGAAAAAGAAAAAAAUGGAAUUCAGACAACAAAUUUAAAUUCAACUUCAAUUAACAACUCAAAUUUAGCUGGUGGUUCAUCGCAAGCUUUCAGGUCAAACAAUGAUGAUAUACAAUUAUUCAAUUAUUUCAGAGAAGUAUUUCCUCAAGCUUCAAUGCUACAACUUAAUGAUAUGUUAAUUAAAUAUCCUCAAGCUGCAAGGCCACAUUUUCUUGAUACUUUAUCAAACGUAAAAGAUGCCCAGAAUGUUGAACAAUGAAGUACAAUUUUAUCGUUGUAUAACAAAGUUUUUCUUUUUUGUACUAAAAAUAAUUAUUUACUUUUGUAAUAUACAUAUUAUUAUUAUUUA